AUGAUCACCGAUUUGGGGGUUAAGGAUAAUAUUAACAAACAGGCUAUGGACAUUAUGAGAGAAGGGAAUGAUCAACAAUUGAUAGAAAAAAUAAGAAGAUUAGAUAAUGAAGAUGAUCAAGACCAGCUUUUCAGUCCCAUCAUGAGGCUCAAAGGAUUUGAUGGGUGCAAGGAUACACCUGUUGAGAUCCUUCAUGUGUUCCUUCUUGGAGUUGUGAAGUACCUGACAGGGGAUUUCAUGAAAGGACUCAAAGCAUGUCAUGUUGAAAGAUUAAUGGCAUCAUGGGAAUCUUUCAACAAAAAUUCACUUAACAUUGAAACCAUUAACCCAUUGAACAUGGCCAAACACCAUGGUAGUUUCCUUGGAAAACAUUUCCGGAUUGUUUUGCAAGCAGCCCCUUUUGUGUUCUAUCAAUUUAUGUCAGAAGAGAAAAGGCUACUCUGGAUCUCUUUGUGCCGGCUUUCAACUUAUAUUUUUCAAACCCGGAUUCCUGACGUGGAUACCUAUUUAGUAGAACUCAAAAUAAGGAUUGAUGAUUUCAUGUGGCAUAUUAUCAAGAUGAAUUGUCAAUGGGUGAACAAGCCCAAACUUCACAUUCUUCUUCACUUACCUGAAUGCAUUCAACGAUUUGGUCCAGCCACCCUCUAUGCAACUGAAAAGUUCAAGAGCUUCAAUGGGGUUUUGCGAAAUGAAUCCAUGCACUCCAACCGUCACAGUCCAGGCAGAGACAUAGCCAUCAAAUUUGUCAAUGAAGCAUGUUUACGACUAAUUCUUUCAGGGGGGCCACAUUGGAACCACAGAACUCAUGGAAGAUUUAUUGCUGAUCCACAGGUUACUGAUGUAUUCAGGGAUCAUCCACAAAUACAAAAAUCUCUUGGAUACAACCAUCUACUUGUUACAUCCCACAACCAAACACCCUCUUUCAUAACUACCCCCCUCCCCAAAGGAGAAAUGGAAGGUGUUCCAGAUUUUUUGCAAAGAAGAUUUCCCCACCAUAAAAUCAAACAAAUUCACCAGUUGAGACUAUUACAACAUGAUGUAUUGAAGAAAGACUAUUUUGUUUUGGUCAAAAAAAAUACAAGUUCAGGAUCCACCAAAGAUAUUGAAUGUGUUGAAUCUAUAUGGUCUGCCAGUUUGGAGCAUCAAACCCGGUAUUUUGUCAGGGCCAGGCAAUUUUUGCAAGGGCCAAUCAAUCCAUUUUAUCAGAUGAGAGAGCUAGAUGUCACAAGUCACGUUGAUUAUUUUGAAGCAUCUGAUAUUGUUGCUUGCCUCAAUACCCAACACAAUUGUCAAUCUGGAAGAUGCCAAGUGGUCAAGGGAUCCAGGAACAAAGGCCCCAAUUAUGAAGGCACUCAAACAACAUUGAAGAUCUGUCAUAAUGACAAAAAGAGCUUCAUAUUGAAUUCUGCUUCAUUGCGAGAUCCUGUAACCCAUCGUGAAUUGGCAGGACUCAACACUUAUUACCAUCUCAACUGGGCCACUGCCAUUGAGACUGGUAGGGCCCAGUGGCUUCCAAAUCCAACCAACCAGACCUCACAGACACGUUCAAGCAUCCUUGCCCCAAGUUUGAUUUGA